CACACAAUUCAUCAUCUCCAGAACUAAUUUUAUAAAAACGGCAAAAAAUGGCAUCCGAGAUUUCGAAGAAUCGCAAUUCCCCUUCUUCUUAUCAUCCUGACGGCAUUGCAGAAAGCGAAGCUGCUGCUAAGACGUCGUCAGUGACGAGCCAGCUUCAUCUGUCCAAGUCAUCCUCGGCUCUUGACAGAGACGUUGUCCUCAGCCGUCUUCGCCACCACAAGCGUCUGGAGACGGCUCGCAGAAAACUGCAGGCGGUGUUCGGAAAGCCUCCGCCGCCACCCUCCGCCGGGGAAUCGAGUGACACUUCGUCGGCCAAUGAAGAAAACAAGUGGCUGCAGUUGUGUGAUGUCUUCUGCUCCCCGUAACAUUCAUAGAUGGCGUGGUUAGUAGUUACUGGUUGGGAAAUGGGAUGAGGCCGGCAGGGUUGGAUGCUCAGAAUUUUUAGUGAUAAAAGAGUAUAAUUACUUUGGAAUAAUUAGAGAUAUCAACAAGUUGUAAAUAUUAUAAGCUGAAAUUGAUAAGAACAAUUUCUUUAGGAAUUAUAUAAAAAUAAUCUCUAUUUAGAUUGUUCACAAAAAUAAUCCAAACAAGCAAUAAUGUUCAUAACAAUAAAUUGGGGUGAAUUCAAAUUAGUACUCAUUUAAUUUAACACACUCCACUUUUGACUUCCUUAUUC